GCUUUUCAGCACUGUGAGAGCCAGGCCCCACUGGGGUCUUUCUGGAUUUCCCACAAUGGUGUCAGUUACAAUGGCUACAUCUGAGUGGAUUCAGUUUUUUAAGGAAGCUGGGAUUCCUCCAGGCCCUGCUGUCAACUACGCAGUUAUGUUUGUGGAUAACAGAAUCCAGAAGAACAUGCUGCUGGACCUGAACAAGGAGAUCAUGAAUGAGCUAGGGAUCACGGUGGUGGGGGAUAUUAUCGCUAUCCUCAAGCACGCGAAAGUUGUUUACAGACAGGAGAUGUGCAAGGCCGCUACUGAAUCGGUGUCCUCCAACCAGCCCAGUAUGCAGUCAGAGCUCCGCAGGAACGCCACCAGCGCCGCCACCCGUAUGAUCGCUAACAGCUUAAGCCGAGAUUCGCCACCUGCCACCCCUGUCCGAAGACCUGACACCAGUACAUCCAAAAUCUCUGUUACUGUGUCCAACAAAACGGCUGUGAAGAACGCAAAAGCAGCGUUAUGCGAUCCAGCGGACGAGAGCCUGGUGAGGCCGGUGAAACGACGGCGAGUUACAGCGGAGAUGGAAGGGAAGUACAUCAUCAACAUGCCAAAAGGUACCACGCCCAGGACUAAGAAAAUCCUGGAACAGCAGGCAGCAAAAGGUACCACUGGUGUGCCCAGGACGUCUGUGUUUGACCGGCUGGGAGCUGAGAUGAAGGCAGACACAACCACAGGAAAUAAGCCUACAGGGGUCUUCAGCCGACUGGGGGACGCACUGGAGGCAGAGGAGGACAAAGCCGCGCAGAGUGACGACGACUGCUCCGUCCUGCAGUAUGCUGGGGUCCUGAAGAAGCUCUCCAAGCCUUUACGCAAGGAACAUGCCGAACCAGGAGUAACCAUCAAAGCAAAAGCCACGAGCUCGGAGGCAAAACCAGCUGUGACGACCAUUCGGCGACUUGGCAACAAGAGCUCCAGCCUGGCGGUGAAGGAAAAGAAGCUGGAAUCAACGUCCAAAGUCAGUGUCAUCCAGAGACUGGGCAAGCCCUCCCUGCCCACCGAGGCCCAGGACAGCAGCGUCACCAGCACAAAGAACAAAGCUGCGCCGCAGUUCAGGGUCACUCUAAAGAGGACUUUGGGUAGCGCUAAGGUAAGCAGCACCAGCGAAAUCUAUAGCGCUCAGAUGGACAAUACAGGGACUGUUAGUGUCUUUAAAAGACUGGGCAAGAAGGCAAACUGAUCGGUGAACAGCGCCUGGAAGGUUUGGUUCUGUAGCUGCUAGUAUCCGAACCACUUUGUCCUUUGUCUGCAUUGUUCCCACUCUCUUUACAUGCAUGAAACCCUGUGUGGGGGAUCCCCAGAGACCCAUCUCUGUCUCCUUCGGCAGGAUCGGGGCACCUGGCCCAGACCCAACUUGGCUUGAGUGCAGUGUGCGUUUGCUCUGCUCCUGGCUCACUCCUUACCAUUAAACUCAAAAGGCACAAGCCGCUGUGUGAAAUGAGUUGGGAUUCUUGCAGGGUGGCUGCCGACAUCAAAACAGAACCUUCGCAAUUGGUGUGAGUUGUGCGCCCCCUUGCCUGGAGGCCCCAGCAGAGAAGACCAGGCGAGAAUGGGUCAUGGAGACUACACCCCUCCUCCCCGCAAUGGGUCUGCAGCGCGGCAGCAGCCUGGGCUCUGGCUGAUGGAGGGUUUUCCUCUCCCAGGCUGUCGACCAAGCGCCUUUCACCAGCGCUAAAGUUCACUGAAAGCUUUUUUCUAUUCUUCUUUUUUUCUAUCUUUUUCCCUCUGCAGGUUCUUGCCUGUAUCUAGGAAGUAGCAUCUCGAGGUCUCCGUACAGAGAUAAUACGGAGCAGGGACACUGUGCUGGAACUCUUGAGUCUAAGAGGGUUUCCUAGCAUCCUAUAAAACCAAACGUAAGGGCUCCAGGACACUGCGCAGGCGCCUGUUUGAAUGCUGUCAGUCCAAGAGUAUUAAUCUGAGACCCAUGGGAGAUGUCUCUUCUCCUUCCAUCCUCACACCUGCUCUUGUGCAAACAUUUCUUAGUCCCUGUGCUAGCAUCACUCCAUCUGCCUCGGCCAGUACAGCAUUACACUUGUAUUCCAGGCAUGGGGUUCCUCCCGGAUCUGUGCAGAUCUUGCACUCUGAGAGUGCGGCAUGAAUUCAGACAGGUCAAUGGGCAGCUCCAGAGUCCGCCAGGAACAUGCUAAGAGUGUGCGUGGCCCGGAUUUGUUUGGCCAGUUCAAGAAGAAAUAUUUUGUUUGUGGGGGAUGGGGAGAUAUUUUGUUCAGACUUCAGUGGCCAGUUGCCCUCAAGUGUAAAGGUAGCACAGUUCUGCACAGGGCUGGCUUUCUCUUCGGAUUUCCCAGCUCAGAGUCAAUUGGCCUUGUCCCAAGAGGCUAGAUACUGGCAUUGCUUUCCAGGAGGCAGCAUAACUGCCCUCUCUUUAUGGAAUUUCAGCCUCCUCAUGCUGAGAGGUUUGGUUUUGAGUGGCACCGAGAUUCAGCAGUGAAGUAAUUUUGCACAUGUGCAAAUACAAAGGCAGAUGUCUGACUUUGAUUACUUCUCAGCUUCUCUGCCCCCAGGGCAGGCAACAGGCCUUACUUUCCUUCCUAAAAGGCAGGACUCUUGUACAUUAUUUUGUGUAGGGAGACUAGCCCAUUGUCAGCCUGGGACAGGAGCCAGGGUCACUCCCAUGCUGUGUGGUGGCCCCCGUGUGAAGCCCCGUUCCGAGUGGACACGUGUCUGUAUCAAAGUGCCACUGGUGCAGUUGGUGCUGUCACUCCUGGGGGAGGCCUGUGCAGAGAGGCUGAGGGCUGAAUGCUGGACAGCACACUCCUCUCUUUGCUCUAGGGCACAAUAUAGCAUAUGGCAGGGGCAGCUUGUCCUGUUUCGUGGGGAGUCGCAGGCUGUCAGGCUGUGGGCCAGCUGGUUCAGAGGGCUCUGUUUGUGCUCCCCUCUUUCCCUCAUGAAAAGGGAUUGCUCCUCCCAAGUACGUAUGGGGGGAGGUGGGGGUUAAUGCCUGUCAGGCUAGCUGGGCAGCUGUGAGGAGUUCCCAGACAAAGCUUGGCGGUGUGCCGAGGGGGGUUCCCUGGGGGACCACCAGACGUGGAGUGUGGCAUGCAGCCGCACUCCUCCACUCUGCUGGUGAGUGCUGCCCGAGAUUUGGAUAAGGAGCCCUAGGUCUGUGCUAAGUGGGUUAUCUUGCUAAAGAGAGUGCACUGGCCCCAGCCGUCUUGGCUGGGAGUGUCUGCGGGACGUGGCACCGGGGCAAAGACGAAUGGCUGCUGUUGGCCUCCUUACCAGCUGAUUAAAUGCGGUGGUCGCUGUGGACCACCUGUGCCCUAAAACCAGGGCUGUGUUAGCCUGCCACUUUGGGCGGCUUCAGGUCUCUGUGUGUUGGUGCUGAGCUGAGGCGCUGGCCUGAAGGACUGACUGUUAAUCCAAACAACAAUUCUUCCUUCUUUUAUCUACUGUUCUUUAUUAAGCCAAACCAGAGGUUUAAUGUCUCUGGUUUAGGCCGCCUCCUCAGGAGAUCCUGUCCCUUUUGCUGUGGGUUUACUGCAUCCCUUUAGCUUCUCUAUUUUAGAAUCGGUUUUUAAGUGGUUGCCUGUAUUGGCUUUUGUUUGUUCUGAAGCGCUGACUCUUCUUGUGACGCCCGCUUUGCUGGUGCUGUCAGCUUUAUACCAGGUUAAAACCCAAGUGUUCCACUGGGGGACGGAGAGAAGGAGGAAACUCUUUGCUGCAGGCUGUUUCUGAGGGGAGGGGAUGGGGUCAUUGGAUCCAAGAAAGGGAAGUUUAGGUGUGUCGUCCCCCCCCCCCCCCCCCCGCAAGACAAAAUAGGAAAGUUGGCAUAACCCAUUUCUGGGGGUUUUCAUUCUGCUUUCGAAAGGAGGGGUCCGUGUUCUGAAUGGUUGUAGACUGUUCGAGGCGAAACACUUUUUUUAAGUAGGAGAAUGAAAUCUGCGCACAGGCUACGUUAUGCAGUCAGCCGCCGGGAGGUGGUAGAGAUUUGUGUAAUGCACUCGGGGCACGUGCCGUGAUUCUUCAAGGAUUUGACGUGCUGUUGCAAUAAAGCAUAAAAA